AUCUGCUCAGAGUCCAAGGUCUGGGCUCGUCUGCAGCUACGCAUUCCGCCAGACUUAAAUAGCCGGUGCUCCUCUCUCCGAUCGCUUGGGUGUCGCAGUCAACCAGCAAAACAAUGAGCGCCACUGAGAGCACCAACCCCGAGCAGCAGCAGCAGAUCGACCCUGCCAUCCUCCAGGAUGCCUCCAUCGAGAGCAUCGCCAGCUUUAUCGCAGAGCAGCAGCCCAGGAACAUCAUCGUCAUGACGGGCGCUGGCAUCUCCACAGCUGCAGGCAUCCCAGAUUUUCGAACUCCUGGCACCGGUCUCUACGACAACCUGCAGAAAUACAACCUGCCCUAUCCGACCGCCGUCUUCGAUAUCAAGUACUUCCACAAACGGCCCGAGGCAUUCUAUGCGCUUUCAAAGGAGCUCUAUCCGAGUCUGUUCAAGCCCACGGUCGGCCACUACUUUAUCCGCCUGCUUGCCCAGAAGCAGCUCCUCCUCCGCAACUACACCCAGAACAUCGACACCCUCGAGCGCAUCGCCGGCAUCGACCCUGAGCUGCUUGUCGAGGCCCAUGGAUCCUUUGGCACAGCUCGUUGCGUCGGCAAGCUUCUGAAGACGGCCGAUCCCGUCCCAAAGCCGCCCGGCGAGGCCGGCGGCGAAUCGGGCGACUCGGAUGAUGAAGAUCCCCGGCUGAUUCCAGGCCACUUUCAGCCUCCCUGUGGUGCAACUUAUUCGAAGGAAUGGGUGUAUGACCAAAUCAUCGCCGAUGGCAUUCCCAGAUGCACCAACAACGGCUGCGGCGGUCUUGUCAAGCCCGACAUUGUCUUUUUCGGCGAGAGCCUCCCCGACCGCUACGGAAAGCUUGUUCCCAUCGACUUUCCCAAGUGCGAUCUGCUGAUCGUCAUCGGCACCUCGCUGAAGGUGUAUCCCUUUGCACGUCUGAUCGACGGCGUCGACGACAAGGUGCCCCGGCUCCUGAUCAACCGCGAAGAAGUCGGAAGCUUCGGACACAAAGUCUUUGGGUUCGACUUUGAGCACGACAAGCAAGAAUACCACCGGGAUGCGCUGUUCCUCGGCAGCUGCGACGAGGGUGUUUUGCGUCUAGCCGAGCUGCUUGGCUGGAAAGACGAGCUUUUGGAGCUGGUCGAGCGCGAGCACAAGGCUCUCGAGGCGCUCUCCGCGCAACAUGCUGUCUCCGCCGCACCUGCCUCGGAUCGUCCGGCGGCGCAGCCCGUGCCUGGUGAAGGCAGCGGCGCUCGCAACGAGACCACUGUCGAAGCACACGCCGACGAGACCGGUCAUGCCGCUGCCGAAGCUGACGCGGAGGCCAUCGACGAUAUCACCGAACGCUUGAGCAAGAUCUGAGUCGCACACGGUUCCGCGAGGAUGUGAAUGCCAUGUAUUUCCUGAUCGUGCAAUAAAGAGCAAAGUUUUGAUGUUUUCACUGCCUAGAAGCACCCGGCAGCUUCGAAUUCUGAUGAGGAGGGAGG